AUGAAGUUUCUCAUACUGUGUACGUUAGUAGCUGGCGCUGCUGCAGGAUACUCCAGCUCGAACUAUCGGGACGGAAAAGCGACAGGUCUCUAUAAUCAAGUCUCCGUCGGAACCGAUUAUGCUGACAAGUUCCCCCAUGGUAACACAGGUUAUAACGGCGGCUACACGACACACUUUACUACGCCGAACGGGGCUGGUGUGGCGGUCGGUACCGGCACCGGUACCUUCGGGCCCGGAUUCGGCGGAUACCCGAACCCGACGGUUGACUUCAACAACUUCUUCCAGGGCAUUCAGGCGAACUUUGCCAACACGAUGACACAAUCCUAUUCUGGACCGGGAGCGAUGGCGUCAGCGUCAGCAUCAUUGCUGAACCCCGUCUGGGGAAGACCAACGCAUCAACAGAACAACUUGUACCAACAGCAGUUUGCUCUGCAGCAGGCUCUGUUCCAGCAGCAGCAGGCCGCCUUUAAUGGUGCCUUUGGGGCUGGCGGGUUUGCAGGUGCCGGUGCUGGUGCUUUCCCGGUGUACGGACCCGGCUUUGCCGGUGGUAGCAACUACGUGAACACUCGUUAUCCGGCCGGGAACUUUGGUGCACCGAAUGUGGCCAGCUCUUCUGCAUCGUUCGGACCGGGUGGAUUCCACCAGACGGCUUCGGUCUACCCAAACAAUCCGGCUGUACCCAAUGUGGACACUCGCUUCGGAGGAUCGGAACAGUCGACUAGCUUCCAAAAUGGCAAACCAGGAUUCGUCGGUGUGUCCAGCUUCUCGUCCUCCUCCAACAUCAAUGGCCAGACGCACCGUGAAGCAGUGACGACGGUGAACGAUAAUGGCAAAGUGACGACCCAUCGUGUCCACUCCUAA